CCAGGCCUGUGCAGUGUCGCUGCCGAGCAUCCGCCAGAGGGCGCGCUGACUCCGUUGCCAGACCCAGAGGGGGCGGGGCUGGCGCCCAAGGGCGAGCAAAGCACCAGGACAGUGGUGAAAAGGUGGUGCCUUCUAUGCCCCUGUCAGGCCAGUACCCUCUGGCGAUCGAUCGAUUGAUUGAUUGAGACAAAAUUUUGCUCUUCUCGCCCAGACUGGAGUGCAGUGGCGCGAUCUUGGUUCUCUGCAACCACCGCCUUCUGGGUUCAAGCCAUUCUCCCACCUCGGCCUCCUGAGUAGCUGGGAUUACAGGCACCCGCCACCACGCAAGGCUAAUUUAUGUAUUUAUUAUUAUUAUCAUUAUUAUUUUGAGACAGAGUUUCGCUCUUGUUGCCCAGGCUGGAGUGCAAUGGCACCAUCUCGGCUCAUGGCAACCUCCACCUCCCAGAUUCAAGCGAUUCUCCUGCCUCACCCUUCCGAGUAGCUGAGAUUACAGGCAUACUCCACCACACCUGACUAAUUUUGUAUUUUUAGUAUACAAAAUUACAUGGUCAGGCUGGUCUCCAACUCCUGACCUCAGAUGAUCCUCCCUCCUCAGCCUCCCAAAGUACUAGGAUUACAGCCAUGAACCAUGGCACCUGGCCUAUUUUAUUUUUAUUUUUAUUUUGAGACAGAAUCUCGUCGCCCAGGCUGGAGUGCAAUGGCACGAUCUUGGGUGACUGGAACCUCCACCUCCCGGGUUCAAGCGAUUCUUGUGCCUCUAGCCUCCAGAGUAACUGAGAUUACAGGUGUGCACCACCACCCCCUGCUAAUUUUUUGUAUUUUUAGUAGAGAUGGGUGUUGAGAAAUGUUAAGUUUAUGAAUAUUGAUGAAUGCUGAGUGUAUGAUAGCAUAUAUUGUUUGCUAGGAAGAACGAUGGGGCAAGGAAAACCUAUCCACCGCUCCCCCCGCCCAGUAGAAAAUGACUUGGGGCAUUCCAAAGUGGCAGGACAAUAUAUAAAUAUCCUACACCUGUUAAAUCCAUUCUUUAAGAUAUCUGACCCUGCCCCUGUGGCUCCCUUGUGGAGAAUACUUUUUAGUUUAUUUGUGAUCAGUGGUAAGCAAGCACCAGCUGCUUACUUGGCAUAUUUUGUUAUGAGAAAACACAGAACACCUGUUAAUUAAUAAUAAUCACCUGUUCAGAGAGACUAAAUAACUGGGUCAGUGUCUACUUGGGGCCUUCAGCCUGGAAAGCUGUCAGCCCCUGAGGCUUUCAGCUUGGAAGGCUGCUGGACCCCGGGAUAGACCCACUUUGCUCUUCUAUCUGGGUGUCUGCCUCUCAUUUCCUUCAGUGACGCCUGGGUGGGGGUCUCUACAGCCAAGUUGGUACUCGGUAGACGGGGUUUUGUCAUGUUGGCCAGGCUAAUCUUGAACUCCUGAGCUCAGGCAAUCGGCUGGCCUCAGCCUCCCAAAGUGCUGAGAUUACAGGUGUGAGCCACUGCACCCGGCCUAUUUUAUUUUAUUGAGACAGAGUUUUGCUCUAUUGCCCAGGCUGGAGUGCAGUGGCAUGAUCUCUGUUCUGGGCCCUUUGCCUGCAGAGUUCUGUUGUGGCUGGAUCAGUGUUAGGCCUCCUGUGACUGCAGGGAGAGUGGUGGCAGAGGAACGGGGGGCCUGCUGAGCCAUGAGCUUUAGGGAGAUUCCACCUGUCUCUGAAUGGACUCAGCUUUGACCACCAAAUCAGCUCGGAAAGCCCUGGUCUUAGUUUGGUUGCCUCAAGUCCUGGAUUACCUGGUCCAGGUAGGGGAGCUUGGAGCUUAGGUCAGCAAGAGGGAGUGCAAAGGGCCUGGUGGCAGGAGAGGUGAAGGCUAUUAGGCUAUAUGCUGUCCCAAGGAAGAUACCACAACUGGUGUGGCUCUUCAGUCUCUGGAUUUAUUCUGUCAAUGAAAAGAGUCAAACUCUGUAAAAUAUCUGGAUACUAUUUUUUUUUAGGUGGAGUCUUGCUCUGUUUCCCAGGUUGGAGUGCAGUGACGCAAUCUUGCUCAGUGCAACCUCUGCCUCCCAGGUUCAAGUGAUUCUCUUGCUUCAGCCUCCUGAGUAGCUGAGACUACAGGUGCCUGCCACCAUGCCCAGCUAAUUUUUCUGUUUUUGUAGAGAUGGGUUUUGCCAUGUUGGACUGGCUGGUCUUCAACUCCUGACAUCAGGUGAUCCACCCUCCUUGGCCUCCCAAAGUGCUGGGAUUACAGGCAUGUCUCUAAGCUGCCCUUAGAUAUAAUAAAUGACAAAUAUUUCCUAUUCAGACCUUUAAAAGGUGCUAGACUCUUAAUCUCUUCAGGAUUGGGAGGACCUGGAAGAAAAAGAUCUAGCUAUGUUAAUAGAGAUUCUUUACAGUUACAAAAUUUCCCCCACAAAAGACAGUUUGUUUUGUUUUGUUUUUUGACAGAGUCUUGCUCUGUCGCCCAGGCAGGAGUGCUGUGGCAUAAUCUCUGCUCACCACAACCUCUGCCUCCUGGGUUCAAGCGAUUCUCCUGCCUCAGCAUCCAGAGUAGCUGGUAUUACAGGUGUGUGACACCAUGCCUUGCUAAUUUGUUGUAUUUUUAGUAGAGGUGGGGUUCCAUCAUGUUGGCCAGGUUGGUCUCUAACUCCUAACCUCAUGAAUCCAUCUGCCUCAGCCUCCCAAAGUGCUGGGAUUACAGGCGUGAGUCACUGGGCCCAUACAAAAAUUAGCUGGGCGUGGUGGCAGACACCUGUAAUCCCAGCUACUCGGGUGGCUGAGGCAGAAGAAUCGCCUGAACCUGGGAGGCAGAGGUUGCAGUGAGCCGAGAUCGUGCCACUGCACCUCCCGCCUGGACGACAGAGCAAGACUCCAUCUCAAAAAAAAAAAAAUGGUGUUAGCCUGUCAUGUGGAGAACAACCCACAGGAACGUGGGUGUGCAUUGGGACAUCAGUGACGAGGCUGUUGUGGGAAUAGGGUAGUGUAGUUUGGGGAGGGUAGAGCCGGCAAGCCCUUAUGACCACCUGAGUUGUGGUUCUGAGAAGCGUGGAGGCAUCCAGAGCUCAGGAUGAUGCCAGGUCUGCAGACUGGGGAUUGGGUGGAUGGCAGAGUCACAACGAAAAGGGAGGACCCUCACCUUCUGACCGUUCUCCACAGUGCCAGCAUUGGACAUUGCUGACUGGGCCUUGCCAUCCUGCCCCUAAUGGCUCUGGUUCCUAACAAGUGUAAGGCCUGUGGGAGUGAAGCACCAGGCAACCCCUCUUGAGGACAGGGCUACCCUUCCAGGGGCCCAUAGUCACCUGAUGCUGCGGGGCUGGCAAGAUGUUUAGACUGUGGCCAGACUCCAGGGUGGCCCUGGUCCUCUUGAUCCCUCCCUUCCCCCACUUAACCUUUGACUGGAUUCCUGCCCUUCCCUAGGCCUGCAGAAGCGUCUCUAUGGUCUCCCUCACUGGGUUUUCACCAGAUGGGGCUUCAGCAACCUUCUGUUGGGACACGGGUGAAGGUGGGGGAAGUAGGGGAUUUGGGAGUGGGAGUCCUGAGCCAGGGCCUUAGGGGCAGAUGGCUGGACCUUAAGAGAGGGUGGGGCUGUGCAUGGUGGUACACACCUGUAAUCUCAGCACUUUGGGAGGCUGGGCAGGUGAAUCACUUAAGGCCAGUAGUUCAAGACUGGCCUGGGCAACAUAGUGAGACGCCAACACUACAAAAAAUUUAAAAACCUAGCUGAGCGUGUGGGUGUACACCUGUAGUCCCAGCUACUCAGGAGGCUCGGGUUGGAAGGAUUGCUUGAGCCCGAAAGGUCAAGUCUGCAAUGAGCCGUGAUGGAGCCACUGCACUUCAUGCUUGGGUGACAGAGAGACUCUGUCUCAAAAAAAAAAAAAAAAAAGAAAGAAAGAAAAAGAAAAAGGGAGUGGUGGUAGGUAGCCCAGUCACCAACAUAUUUCACUAUAAGAACUCGAGGAGGGCAGGGCAAUAUAGUGGCUUCAUAGCCUCCUGCCCCUUCCUUCAUUCUUCUUGGCUGCUUACCAAGAAGAAUGAAGGAAGGGGCAGGAGGACAAAGGUCUUGGGCAGGUGGGAUGACCAGGGUGCAGAUGCCCCUUCGAAGGGGUUGUGUGUGGAGGAUCAAGACCUCUAUUUCCCAAGCACUCUGGUCCCUCUAUCCCACAGUGACCUAUGGUGCCAGCAGAUAACCGGCUGUCAGGUCUUUGCCCAUUCUGUUCGCCCCUGCUUCCUGGUGCAGGGAGUCCAUGUCCUCUCUGGUUCCUCAGAUUUGCUUGAGCGGAGAGGAGCACGAACUCCUGAUGACUCUUCUGCUCUACAGGGGAACUUGCAGAUGGCCCAUGGCGCAAGGUCGAGGCACAAACCCACUCCCACCCCUGCGCCCGCCCGCGACUGGCGGGGUGACGCUGCACUCCGCCCUUAAAACGAACAGUUUAACCUCCUUCUUGGGAACUGAACGUGCUGACCUGGUCUCUCCUGGUUCCCCCGCAUCUGUACCCCGGGCAGACAGUUACAAGGGCCGACUGGCCGAACCCAGGUGCCCUCGGAGCAGGGUGUGCUAAGAAUUGGUGUAGGGGUUGCACAAAGGCCCUGGUCAGCUCCUGGUCACAUGAGGCCCAAGAACUGUCCGGGUCUCACUUCCCUUCUUCUUGCUUUGACCCGGGUCGCUCAACAGCGGCUAGCGCUGCACCCUUUAUCCUCUCUCGGUCUUGUCCGUUUCAGAUUCUCCAGGUCAGGGAAGCGCCAGCGACCGUCGCACACCAUGGGCCCCCACCUCCGCCCCUACCGUGUGCGGCUGCUCCCGGAUGGCCUCCUGUUCCUCUUGCUGCUGCUAAUGCUGCUCGCAGACCCCGCGCUCCCGGCCGGACGACACCCCUCGGUGGUGCUGGUCCCUGGUGAUUUGGGCAACCAACUGGAAGCCAAGUUGGACAAGCCAACAGUGGUGCACUACCUCUGUUCCAAGAAGACCGAAAGCUACUUCACAAUCUGGCUGAACCUGGAACUGCUGCUGCCUGUCAUCAUUGACUGCUGGAUUGACAAUAUCAGGCUGGUUUACAACAAAACAUCCAGGGCCACCCAGUUUCCUGAUGGUGUGGAUGUACGUGUCCCUGGCUUUGGGAAGACCUUCUCACUGGAGUUCCUGGACCCCAGCAAAAGCAGUGUGGGUUCCUAUUUCCACACCAUGGUGGAGAGCCUUGUGGGCUGGGGCUACACACGGGGUGAGGAUGUCCGAGGAGCCCCCUAUGACUGGCGCCGAGCCCCAAAUGAAAACGGGCCCUACUUCCUGGCCCUCCGCGAGAUGAUCGAGGAGAUGUACCAGCUGUAUGGGGGCCCCGUGGUGCUGGUUGCCCACAGUAUGGGCAACAUGUACACGCUCUACUUUCUGCAGCGGCAGCCGCAGGCCUGGAAGGACAAGUAUAUUCGGGCCUUCGUGGCACUGGGUGCACCCUGGGGGGGUGUGGCCAAGACCCUGCGCGUCCUGGCUUCAGGAGACAACAACCGAAUCCCAGUCAUCGGGCCCCUGAAGAUCCGGGAGCAGCAGCGGUCUGCUGUCUCCACCAGCUGGUUACUGCCCUACAACUACACCUGGUCACCUGAAAAGGUGUUCGUGCAGACACCCACCAUCAACUACACGCUGCGGGACUACCGCAAGUUUUUCCAGGACAUCGGCUUUGAAGAUGGCUGGUUCAUGCGGCAGGACACAGAGGGGCUGGUGGAAGCCUCAAUGCCACCUGGUGUGCAGCUGCACUGCCUCUAUGGCACUGGUGUCCCCACACCAGACUCCUUCUUCUAUGAGAGCUUCCCUGACCGUGACCCUAAAAUCUGCUUUGGUGACGGCGAUGGUACUGUGAACUUGCAGAGUGCCCUGCAGUGCCAGGCCUGGCAGAGCCAUCAGGAGCACCAGGUGUUGCUGCAGGAGCUGCCAGGCAGCGAGCACAUUGAGAUGCUGGCCAACGCCACCACUCUGGCCUAUCUGAAACGUGUGCUCCUUGGGCCCUGACUCCUGUGCCAGGCAGGGCUGGAUGGCUUGGCCAUGGACCUACCCUUGGCCUCUGGGGCUUUCAUGGCCCAUGAGUUUCACAAAGUUUGUGACUGACCAUUCAAGGCCCUGAGUCUUGAGCUGUGAAGCGUCUGCUGUGGGGAAGUGUCGUUUGUUAUCCUUUGUCUGUGGCAGUGAAGGAAGAAAUCAGAGUCUGGACUCAAGGGACAUUGGAUGGAAAGAAUGCUGCUGAUGGUAGAAUUGCUGUGACCUCAGGACUGGCUCCGCAGGGUGGACUGGCUGGGCCCUGGUCCCAAUCCCCAACUGGGGCCAUGUGUUCCCCCUACCCCUAUGGGCUUUUUAUACUUGCCCACUGGGCCCUGGUCCCACAGCCUUCCUAUGAGGGAUGUUACUGUGCUGUGGUCCUGUACCCAAAGGUCCCGGGGAUGGGCUUCUGGCCCAUCGGGUGACCCUUCCCACACACUGGCCACAGGUAGGCCUGCCAUUGGCCAUGGAUAGCAGAGCUGCUGGCUUCCCUGUGGCUUAGCUGGUAGCCAGCCUGACUGUGGCUUCCUGGGGCAAGCCCAGUAGCCCCUGCAGGCAGGGGCAGUUUGUUGUGAUCUUCAUGGUUCCCAGACCCUGGGACAUUUUACUUCACUCCUACCUCCCUUACUGCCAGCAACAGUCAAGCUCUGGAUUAGGCAGCAGAUGUGCCCCCAGUCCUGCAGCCUGUGUCCCAGAAGCCCUGAUUCCCUCAGAUGUGCUGUUGGCCCUAGGACUGAAGCUACCCACCUUCAUCCUAGGACUGUUGUUCCAAGGAUGACAGCAGGGGUGGGAGCCAUGGCCUUCUAGGCACCUGUGGAGAAAGGGAAUCCAAGGAAGCAGUCAAGGCUGCUCGAAGCUUCCCUAAGCUGUACCUCUUGCUAACCCCGCCCUGCCCUAGGGACUCACACUGCCACCCUGCCCUAGGGACUCACUAGUACCCAAGUGGGUUGGCACAGGGCUGAGAAAUGGUGGGACUCCUGUCACCCUGUCUAGCACCUAUUCCCACCAGGCAGCUGACUGGUAUUUAGUCUGCCAGGACUAGCCUAGAAACUUGAAUGGGACUCUGAGAGAUCCAGGGGUCCCCUGGGCCUCCCUAGGAGCUUUCUGUCUGCCCCAGGGUGCUGCAUGGGUUUCCCUGUGGCAGUAGCCAUGGAGAGUCAGGGCCUGUCUUCAUGGCGGUAGGCUCUAAGUGGGCGACUGGCUACAGGCCAAGAGAAGGGUCCAACCUCUAGGUGGGGUUCACAAAGCCACCUUCAGGCUGGUCUGAGCUGCUCUCCCACAAGGUUUCUGUGGAGCUGGAUUUUCUCUGUUGCAUACAUGCCUGGCAUCUGUCUCUCCCUUUGUUCCUGAGUGGUGGGCCCUGCCUGGGGCUCUGAACAGGCUGUAUCUGGAUUUGGGCAAUAAAAGUACUCUGGAUGCUGUAA